AUGCUGAGCCUGCUUGUGGAAGCAGGGAGCCAAGCUCGUCUUGAGAAGGAGCUUUGGGGUCCUGAGAGCAGAGCCAGGGAACCAGUGACAUAUGAAGAUGUGGCCGUGGACUUCACCCAGGAAGAGUGGCAGCACCUGGAUGCUGCUCAGAAGACCCUACACAGAGAUGUGAUGCUGGAGAUCUAUGGCCACCUGGUCUCUGUGGGGUGUUCAAGUAUAAAACCAGGUAUAAUCUUCAAGUUGGAACAUGAAGAGGACCCAUGGAUCAUAAAGAGUGAAUUGUCAACAUGGAUCCACUCAGACAGGGAGAAAAGCCUUGACUCCUCCCAGCAGAUCAUUUCAGAACUUUCAUUUCAAAAGGAGAUAUUGGAGAAAGCCCCAAAAGAUAAUUCAUUGUACUCUCUCUUAAAAGCCUGGCAUACUGAUGGUCAGAUAGAUAGGUAUCAAGGAAACCAAGACAAGGUUUUGAAGCAGGUCACAGUCCUUAGCCAUGAAACAUUGGCCAAGGAGAAAACCCCCAAAUAUAAUACAUUUGGAAAAAUAUUUGGUGGGUGCAUAGACCUUGGCCCUUCAAGUAAAAAACUCCAUGAUUUUGAUUCAUGUGAAAAGAGCUUGAAAUCUAAUUUAGACUCACUGACAUGCAAUAGGAGCUAUGCAAGAAAGAACCCCAUUGAGAGAUUUGGAUGUGGGACACCACUUAGCUGUAGUGAUUCCUGUACUGUGCCUGAGAAAAUUUAUACUGACAUGAAACCCCAUGGACAUAGUCGAUGUGAAAAAGGUCUUAAUCAUGAACAAGUCCAUAUUCAGUAUAAGAAAGAUCAAGCUGGUAGGAAACCCAAUGUUUGUAGUGAGUGUGGGAAAGGGUUUAUUAAGAAGUCACAGCUUACUAUACAUCAAAGAAUUCAUACUGGAGAGAAACCGUAUGUAUGUGGAGACUGUGGAAAGGCCUUCAGUGAGAAAUCACACCUCAUUGUGCAUCAGAGGAUUCAUACUGGGGAGAAACCUUAUAAAUGUACUGAGUGUGGGAGAGCUUUCUCCCAGAAGUCACCCUUCAUCGUUCAUCAGAGAGUCCAUACUGGAGAGAAACCCUAUGAAUGUUUUGAGUGUCAAAAAGCCUUCUCUCAGAAGUCACAUCUCAUUAUACAUCAACGAGUUCAUACUAGAGAGAAGCCAUUUGAAUGCAGUGAAUGUGGGAAAGCCUUCUGUGAGAAGUCUCACCUUUUUACACACCAGACAACUCAUACUGGAGAGAGACCCUAUAAAUGUACUGAAUGUGGGAAAACUUUCCCUCGGAAAACACAACUCAUCAUCCAUCGGAGAACACAUACUGGAGAGAAACCCUAUAAGUGCAGUGAAUGUGGAAAAACCUUUUGCCAGCAGUCCCACCUCAUAGGACAUCAAAGAAUUCAUACAGGAGAGAAACCUUAUAUAUGUACUGACUGUGGAAAAGCCUUUUCCCAAAAGUCACACCUUACUGGACAUCAAAGGCUUCAUACUGGUGAGAAACCUUAUAUAUGUACAGAAUGUGGAAAAGCCUUCUCUCAGAAGUCCCCUCUUAUUAUACACCAAAGAAUUCAUACGGGGGAGAAACCUUAUGAGUGUAAUGACUGUGGUAAAACCUUCUCCCAGAAAUCACCCCUCAUUAUUCAUCAGAGAAUCCAUACAGGGGAGAAACCCUAUGAAUGUCCUGAGUGUGAAAGGGCCUUUUCCCUGAAGUCACAUCUCAUUAUACAUCAGAGAGCUCAUGCUGGAGCAAAACCAUAUGAAUGUAGUGAAUGUGGAAAGGUCUUCUGUGAGAAGUCUCCACUAGCUGUGCAUCAGAAAACUCAUACUAGGGAAAAAACCUCUGAAUCUGCUGAAUAUGGGAUGGCUUUUUCCCGGAAAUCACAGAUGAUCACAUAUCAGAGAACAGACACAGGGGAGAAACCGUCAAAAUGCAGUGACUGUGGAAAGGUGUUCUGCCAGCAUAUACACCUUGCUGGACAUCAGAAUCCACAUAGGAGAGAAACGUUGUGUAUGUACUGA